GUGGCUUUUUGAUUUCUCGACCAACACUGGCAUCACGGCGCUUGUUCCUGCACCCUGGCGUUCCAAACCGCCCGAAUGACACCCCUCGUGCUGCCCAAUAAUAUCUUCUUUGACGGCAAGUUCAGCCACCAAUCAGUAUGACAAUGGAACUCUUCUCCCCUCUCUACCUCACGGAAUAUGGAAGCUGUGUCUAUUCGCCUGGGGAUUUAUCCCGCGGACCACUAGCAUCAACUGCCACGCCAAACCGCGGUCCGCAUCCCCACUCAGUUGAGCUCUUUGGCGAGGCGCACAUGAACGCAUCGCUGAACGAGAAGUGGACGCUGCGACAGCGGCUCCCUUUUAGAUAGUGCGAUGUGCCGGGUGAGACUGAUUCUCGAAGGGGCGAUCGCCCGCUACUUACUGAGUCUCGUAUUGUGCAUGCCCCUGGUGCGGCAGAUGUUGAGAUUCACUGCCGACUGUACCCCCUUGAGCGCUUCUGAAUUCAACGCAGAUCGUUCGCUGUCGGAAAGACCUUUGAGCCACCGGUAUCAACACCUUACAAAUCAGGCCGCCCACACUUGCUUUCAACUCGUGCGGUAUGCUGGCGUUUGCAGAGGUCUAGAUGCUCUGCAAGACAGACGUGGCCCGUAGCUCCUUUGCAGCAGUCUACUAACCCCCAAUAAUUGCGGCUAAGGUCGAAUCGGGCUAAGUUCAGUCCGUCAGGAACGCAACCAAAGAUAUGACGUGA